ACCUGGCAUGAUAAGGUCACUGCCUUUUCAAAUGGCUUAAGAUUAUGGACUGACAGGCUUGACUUGGUUUUAUUUUUUAAAUUUAUUUGUAUUCAUUUAAAGUGUCUUAAUUGGUUAAAAGGGAAUCCCACUCUGUGAAUGAGUAAUAGUAGCAAUAAUAGGAUAUCCACAAAAUUCCUACUAUUUGAGGAGUACCUGCUGAACAAUGCGUGAUCAGGAAUAUUUCCUUAGUUGUGCCAUUUUCUUGGGGUUGAUGAUUCAACCCAUUACAUCAAUUCUUUAUCCCUAUGAGUCGGAAACAAGGGAAGUCAAAGCCCUUGAUGGACUGUGGAAGUUUUGUACUACACCUGCUAACAAACCUCCUGAUGAAGGAUUUUCUGAUCAGUGGUAUGCCCCCAAUGACAAAAUGGAUAAUCAACAUUGCCAACUGAUGCCAGUGCCAGCCAGCUACAAUGACAUUCCUACAGAUUCUUCAAUAAGGGACUAUGUUGGCUGGGCUUGGUACAGAAAAAUUCAUUUUGUACCAAGCAGAUGGUCAAAUGAUGAUUUGAAGAUAUUUGUCAGAUUUGGAAGUGUGCAUUAUUAUGCUGUGGUGUGGAUGAAUGGUCAACAAAUCGGUGAGCACGUUGGUGGACAUCUUCCCUUUCAACUGGAGGUGACAUCUGCCUUGAAAUAUGGUUCUUCCAAUUCUCUGACUGUUGCUGUCAACAAUACACUCACCAACAUCACUUUACCACAAAUGCAAAUACAUCAUCCAAAUGACACAUCAAGGUAUCCUCCAGGGUACAUUACAUACUCUCAAAAAUUUGAUUUUUUCAAUUAUGCGGGAAUACAUAGACCUGUCUAUCUUCUUGCUCUGCCAGCUGUUCACAUUUCAGAUAUCAAUUUGAUCACUGAAGUGGAAUAUGAAAAGAAUGGUGAAAGCAACACAACAAUUGGAAAUAUUCAAUUCCUUGUGGCGCACACAUAUCAGGGCUCAGCAGAUGAUGUCAUGUGUGAUGUCUCUAUCACUACUCAAGGAGGAGGUGAAGUUCAUCGUUCCAUUACCACUUGUUCUUCUACCAUUACAAUUAGAGGUGCAAAGCUAUGGUGGCCAAGAUUUGCACAUGCCAGACCAGGAUAUCUUUACACUUUUGAGGUUUCCUUGUUGAUUCAGGGCAGGACUAUGGAUGUAUACAGGCUUCCAUUUGGAAUUCGUUCAGUUUCAUGGGACAGUUCCGUCCUGAAGAUUAACCACAAGCCAGUUUAUCUUCGUGGUUUUGGAAUGCAUGAAGAUUCAAAUCUUCGAGGAAAAGGCUUAGACUUGGUUCACACUAUUCGAGACUUUGAAUUGAUAAAGUGGCUUGGAGCAAAUGCAUUAAGAACUUCACAUUACCCCUACUCUGAAGAGAUAAUGAAUAUGGCAGAUGAGUUUGGAGUUCUUGUUAUAGCGGAGACCCCAGCUUGUACGAUUGACUCAUUUGGAAAUGAAAUUCUAUCUCACCACAAGGCAGUGUUGAAUGAGUUGAUAUCAAGAGACAAAAACCAUCCAAGUGUGAUAGCGUGGUCUAUUGCAAAUGAGCCAUAUUCUGAUCUCCCGCAAUCAAGCAGUUACUUCAAAACCUUGGCGAAACUAAUUCGGUCACGAGAUACAACAAGAGCUGUUACUUUUGUUACUAGCCGACACUGGGACAAUGAUAAGGCUGUUCAGCAUAUGGAUAUUAUCUGUGUAAAUCGGUAUGCUGCCUGGUAUUCGGAUUCAGGUUUACUGUCUCUCAUUGAAAGACAAACCAAUGAAGAAUUAAAAUCAUGGCAUGAUAAAUGGAAACGACCCAUUAUCAUGUCAGAAUAUGGAGCAGGUUCAUUAUCUGGUUUCCAUUUGCUUCCUGCUGCCAUGUGGACUGAAGACUAUCAGAUAAUGACAUUUCUAAAACACUUCCCUGCCUUUGACAAUCUACGCUCGAAAGGCUUGAUAGCUGGUGAAAUGAUUUGGAAUUUUGCUGAUUUUGCUACUCCUCAAGAAUACAUCCGCCCUGGGGGAUGUAUGAAGGGACUUAUGACACGGGACCGUCAACCGAAAGCAGCUGCUCAUCUUGCUAGGUGGCGAUAUUGGAAGUUAGCUCAAAAUAUCAGUGGGUAUGACUUACCUCAUGAUCUGUUGUAUUCAUAAUUCUAAAGUAGAUAGUAAAUGCUGGUCAAUUUAUCAAUCUAUAUCAAUCUAAGCCACAAGUAAAUUGGAAUAGUUAUUUAUUUUCAAUUUUAUGUAAGGUCAAAGUCAGCUCUUUGGAACAUUUUCAAAUACCUAUUUUAUACAAAAUGUAAUCUACAAUAGAUCAUAAUAGAAUGUGAAUCUUUAUCAGCUGAGUACUCCUCUAGACAUUUCAACUUAUGUAUAAAGGUUCACUACAAAUAAAUUAUGUUAAGCGAUAAGAGAA